AUGGUGGCUGCAAAGAAGACGAAAAAGUCGCUGGAGUCCAUCAACUCAAGGCUCCAGCUGGUCAUGAAAAGCGGCAAAUACGUGCUGGGCUACAAACAGACCCUGAAAAUGAUCCGACAAGGCAAAGCCAAGUUGGUCAUCUUAGCCAACAACUGCCCAGCCUUGAGGAAAUCAGAGAUUGAAUAUUAUACUAUGUUGGCCAAAACUGGUGUACAUCACUAUAGUGGCAAUAACAUUGAAUUGGGUACAGCAUGUGGGAAGUACUACAGAGUAUGUACACUGGCUAUCAUUGAUCCAGGUGAUUCUGAUAUCAUUAGAAGCAUGCCAGAACAGACCAGUGAGAAGUAAACUGUACAAAAAUAUACUUUAAUAAAUGGGCCAAAACUUGUUUUAAAAA